AUGGGUAAUGCAUGCCGUUGUUAAUAAUUUACAAAUGAUAAUUUAGAACUGAAUUCAGGAAAAGCAGAGGGUGCAAAUAAGAAUGGAGACUCAAUCACCAUUCCUCAAUAGAAUGGUACAACCAUUUCAAAAAAGACAACUCAAAAAUAGAAUGAUGAUGAAGGUGAGGAUGAUGAUUAACCAUAAAAUAUAUAAUAAAUCGAAGUAACUAUGUAUAAUAGCAUUUUAGCUGAAAAGAGGAGACCGAAAGAAAUAAGCAAAGAUAAAUGCAGUGUCAGAUACUGUAGAGAUAUUUGAAAACAUUCUGAAAGUUGAGAAACGAAAAUCUCCUUUCGACUAUCAAUUAAUGCUAAAUGCCUUUAACGAUCAUUUCAUAUUUAAGUCAGUGCCUCAAAGUGACAUAGAAUUUGUAGUGGAAUAGAUGUUCUAUUGUACUGUUCCAGAUGGUUAAUUUGUUUUCAAGUAAGGAGAUAAAGCUACUUCCUACUUCCUUAUUGAGAGGGGUUAGUGUUAAAUAAUCAUCAAUGGAGAAUUGAAGAAAACUUUAAAGAGUGGAGAAGCCUUCGGUGAGUUAGCCAUGCUAUAUAAUGCACCUCGAAGUGCAAGUGUCAAGGCAGUUGGAGGUAUGAUCAGUUAAAUCAUUUAUUUUUAGACUGUGCCUUUUGGGCUAUUGAUAGAAACACCUUCAGAAAGGUUGUGGAGUAGUAAAACCAGAGGAAUUACGAUGAAAAUCGUGAAUUCAUGAAAAAAGUGGAAUUUUUUUGUAAUUAUAUAAAUAGAUUAAAUAGCCUUUUUAACUGAGGAACAAAGAGAUGCUAUCUGCAAUGUUCUAAUUACUUUGUUAUUCAAAAAGGGAGAAAUAAUAGUAUCGGAGGGGGAUGUGGCUAAUUCAUUUUAUAUCAUUAAAAAAGGGAAGGUGUCAAUUAUAAAGGGAGACAAGGAGGUGACUUAGAUGAAUGCAGGAGAAUCAUUUGGAGAAGCAGCAUUAUACUAAAGUUGUUAGCGAGCUGCUACUGUCAAGGCAGUUGAUGAAGAAGUUAGAUGUCUGUCAUUAUCUAAAGAUGAUAUCUAAAAGAUUCUAGGGUAAAAGAUCUAAACAGUUAAAUAUAUAAACACUUAGAAGUGGGCUUUGUAACAGAACCCAAUCUUAGGGAAAUUAACAUCAAUUUAAAUCGAGAAGAUCAUCUAGACUGUGAGAUAAGUGCAUUAUGAGAAGAAUGAAAUAAUUGUAAAGGUUGGACAACAAUGUCUGAAGGUUUAUAUAGUUUUAGAGGGUGAAAUAGCGACAGUAACAAAUUAUUUCGUAACUAUAAGAUAUUUAGAUUCCAUCAAACAAAUAUGUAUUCGGUAAAGGCAAAGUUUUUGGGGAUCAAUAUUUGAAGUCGUCUGCUCUAGAUAAUAAAAUGGCUGAGAGUUUGCAAGUCAUAUCAGAAGAAGCCAUCAUUGCAGAGUUUGAAAUCAAAACCUUUAUGCAGAUAAUAGGAGGGAGUGUUGAAUAAAUGAUACAAAAAAACGAGAAUUCUCACGAACAAAAGUAUCUCAACCGUCCCAGUGCUAUAUCAAAAAAAGACUAUUCCAACCUUACAUUGGAUAAGCUUAUUUGUAUCAAGAAGUUGGGACAAGGUUAAUUUGGUAAUGUAUAUUUGGUUAGGACCUCUUAAGAGGACAAAAUGUAUGCAUUAAAAUGUAUAAGCAAAGCUCAAAUUGUGGAAUAACAUUUAGAGAGACAUUUAGCAGUAUUCCUCUAUCUUAUUAUUUUAGCAAGAGAAAUAAGUGCUUCAGACUAUUAAUUUUCCUUUUUUAAUGCAAUUCUACAAAAGCAUGAAGGAUUAGAAUUACAUUUACUUUCUGAUUGAAUUCAUAAAGGGCAUGGAAUUAUUUGAUGUGAUUAGAGAAAUUGGACUAUUGACAGUGACGGACUCUCAAUUUUAUAUUGGAUCCUUGUUGAUUUGCGUAGAAUAUUUACACAAACUGUAAAUCAUUUAUAGAGAUAUCAAACCUGAAAACAUUAUGGUCGAUGACAAAGUAUAAUUUUAUAUUGAUAUAGGGCUACUUGAGAAUGAUUGAUAUGGGUACGGCCAAAUUCUUGAAUCAAAAAUCCAUCAGAACCUACACCAUUAUAGGAACUCCUCAUUAUAUGGCACCAGAAAUCAUUACAGGCAAAGGAUACACUUUUACAGUUGAUUUAUGGUCAAUCGGUGUUUGCUUGUACGAGUUUAUGUGUGGAGGUGUCCCCUAUGCUGAAGAUGCUGAUGAUCCAUAUGAGAUUUAUGAAGAAAUUUAAAAGAAAACCUUAAAUUUUCCACCUUUCAUGAAAGAUAAAAAAGCCAAAAAAUUAAUUGAAUAAUUGUUGUCUAAAACCCCAGAAGUUCGUUUAGGGGGAAGUUAUGCUGCAUUAAAGGCAAAUACUUGGUUUGACAAAUUCGAUUGGGUACAUUCGAUAUAUGAAUCUUUUUAGGAUAAACUAAUGGACAAAGAGCUUAAACCGCCUUUUAUUCCAAAGAAAACUAGAAUGAUCUAAGAUAAGGAAAUACAGAGCGCUCUUGCUACUGGAAAAUUAGCAUCCAAAGAAAUAAAUACAGUUGGGGUUGUCUACAAGAAGGAGAAAGCUAGAGAUCCAAAUUGGGACUCAAAUUAUUGA